AUGGACAAUCCUAUCAAACUAAGUUAAUUGAAUUCCUCUUCAGAACAUAAGGAAAUAGUAGAUAAGCUCUUCAAGAUUCCAACCCAAUAAAUACAGAAAGUCAAUUAGAAAUAAUAAUCGAAAUCUGACAUCAUUAAUGAAUUGCGCCAAGAGAAUUAUGAUUUAAAAAAUACAGUCAAUGAUUUGAAAUAAAGAAUUCAAGAAUUAGAAUAACAAUUACAAAAUUAAUAAAAUCCCCAAAUUGAAGAAGAGAAUUAGGAACAAGUUUCUGUUGAGAAAUAGUAAAAUGAAAUAUAAGAGGAAAUGACAGAGGAAGAAAAAUCAAUUCAUUUAGCAUUCAUGUUGCAAUAACAAGAAGAAAUGGAAUUUUAAAAUCGUCUAACACAAAUGCAGAACAACGUAGAUCUCGAUGAAAUGAGCUAUGAGUAAUUACAAGAAUUGCAAGAAAAGAUGGGAUUCGUAAGCAGAGGGUUGCUCCAGAACCAAAUUCAAUUGCUUUUGAAAUAAUGCAAAAUCAAACAAUAAAUCAACGAUUGUUGUACAAUCUGCUUAGAAGAUAGUGGAAGUCCUGUUGAAAUUGAGCUGGAAUGCAGCCAUGUGUUUCAUCAAGAUUGCAUUUCUGAAUGGCUUUCAAGGGAAAAACAUUGUCCCGUAUGCAAGAGAGACAUAAAUCUUAGUAAAUUCAAAUGAUAUAUGUUUUACUUAUUUACUGUAAAUAUUUGUAUUUGAA